CUAAUCACUAAACAUCCCAAGCUUAAAAGCUAAGUAAGAAUCUAAUCUGGCGGUGGUUUUGAUGCAUUGCCGUUCGGUUUGGCAAUCUCUCGUAUUCGAGCUUUUAAUCUCUCCCAUUUCUUCCGUGGAAGCUGCUCCAUUGGUUAAUUUGGUUUGCAUUUGGAUUUGAAAUGUUUUUUAGAUUUGUUUCAAGUUGUUGAUCUAAGGGCAAAGCUGGUUGUCAGUGAGUUGGAUGAUCGGUCACCUUCCCAGUCACCAGGAUGCAGUUCAGAGCCUUUGCACAAGAGCAGUGUUAAAGAAUUAACAGAUAAGCACUCGAGAGCCUUAGAACUUCAUUCUGCUUCUGAAGCCCCCAUUGUGGAAGCUGAGACGACGUUGCAAGAAGCCAUUGAAACAUUCAGUCAAAGAGAUUUGGAAGCUAAUGGAUUUUCUGUUUCCAACGACAUCUGUGCUCCUGCGAGAGAUAUCCAGACUUCAAGAACAGCUCAAUCAACAAAGAGCACGAGAAGCUGCUUUAAUAUCUGAGGUUAAAAAUCUCAAGGCUGAGGCUGCUGAGAAACCUUUAUUGCAGAAUUCUCUCAAGGAACUGCAAACCAAGUUAGCUCGCUGUGAAGAAGAGAGCAGAAAACUAGCUGAGGCAAAUAGAAAGCUUAAAGAAGAUGUGUCUACAUACGAGUUCAAACAAAGUUACCUUGAAGCAAAAUAUUCCAAUGCAGUUGCUGAGAAGGAUGAAUCAGUUGAACAACUUCAGGCUGCAAAAAGGACUAUUGAAGAUUUAAAGCAGCAGCAUUCUUCUCAAGAGCAGAAACUACAAUCUCAGAUAUCUUCGCUUACGGAUGAGAACAGCCUGCUUAAUGAAGUGCAUCAAAAUACUAAGAAGGAACUCCAGCAAGCGAUAUCUAACCUUGAAGAACAGCUCAAGGAACAAAAAACAGGAGAAGCUGCUUUAAAAUCUGAGGUUGAAAUCCUCAAGGCUGAGGUUGCUGAGAAAACUUUGUUGCAAAAUUCUCUCAAGGAACUGCAAACCAAGUCAGCUCACUGUGAAGAAGAGAGCAGAAAACUAGCUGAGGCAAAUAUAAAGCUUAAAGAAGAUGUGUCUACAUACGAGUGCAAACAAAGUGACCUUGAAGCAAAAUAUUUCACUGUUGUUGCUGAGAAGGAUGAAUCAGUUGAACAACUUCAGGCUGCAAAAAGGACUAUUGAAGAUUUAAUGCAGCAACAUUCUUCUCAAGGGCAGAAACUACAAUCUCAGAUAUCUUCGCUUACAGAUGAGAACAACCUGCUUAAUGAAGUGCAUCAAAAUACUAAGAAGGAACUCCAGCAAGUGAUAUCCAACCUUGAAGAACUGCUUAAGGAACAAAAAGCAGGAGAAGCUGCUUUAAGAUCUGAGUUGAAAAUCUCAAGGCUGAGGUUGCUGAGAAAACUUUGUUGCAAAAUUUUCUCAAGGAACUCGAAGAGAAAUUGGUGAAAACUGAAGCUCGACUGCAAAAAGAGACGAAUUGUAGGCUGAAAGCAUUAAGGCUGCUGCAGCGAAAAAAGAGGCAGAGGCUUCCCCAAUGCCAAGUGUUAUGUUCAUCGUGGGAGUGGCUAUGGUGUCUGCGAUCAUCGGCCUCAUUCUUGGGAAACGAUACCAGAUCAAGUUUUUGUGUUUUUGCUAUCCCCUUGGCUGUUUGCAAAGCAAAACACAGAUGGUUAUGUAUUAUUCAAGUUUGUAUUUAGUUUGUAUAUUGGGUUGCAGAUGCUUUCGGAAAUAUAAGAAUUUGUGCGUUUGUUGAUACGAAAAGAAGAGAACGGUCUCAGUUGUUUUCGAGUCAUAUGGUCGGAUCCCAAAAUGA